GCGAGCAGUGUAUGGGCCAGAUGUGUGAUUAAAACUGCAAAACUGUCUAGCUGUCUCUUUACUUCGGCUGAGCCCGCCACAAUACUGUCAGUUAUAUGCAUGUUGUUGCUGUAGAAAAUACUUAAAAUAUACAUCCCAAACACAAACGAGAACAUCAUCCUUCAAGCUGGACGAAAGCAAAGAGGACAUCAUGCCCUGAUGUGGACUUCUACUUUUUAUAAAUGGAUCCUUUUGGCGGUGACAGAGAUCUCAAACGUUUUGCAUUUUUCUCAUUUGAAUGGCAACACUGAGGUGGCUUACAGGGGAUCAUUGAGUUUGUCAUCUGCGCAGUCUGCUUCAGCACAUCGAGGAGAGACAUCGGAGGGAAAUGCAGAGACAAGACUUCAUAAGACACGCUCAGACAUCAGUUCCAACUAAGAAAGAAACGAUGCAGUGGACUCUGUUUCUGGUUAUGCUGAUGAGUCAGUUCUCCUUCUUCUCAUGUCAUCUCUACGAGUAUCACCUUAUCAUAGAAGAGAAGACCUGGGAUGACGCUCAGAACUACUGCAGAGACAAAUACACAGACCUGGCCACAGUGUGUGACGUGACAGACACGAGGAGACUCGGUGACUUAGUGACUACGCCAGCCUGGAUCGGGCUUCACAGCAUCCUAGGAAAAGACAACCGGAUGUGGCACUGGUCUCUGACGGAGAUGCCAGGGGUGGAGUUUGAUGAUAUCAAGAGUUAUUUUGGAGGUGGAGAGCCAAAUCCUUUGGGAAAUAUUGAGAACUGUGUGGAAAUUACUGGAAACAAACUGAACGAUAUCCAGUGUAGUAAGACACAUGAAUUUAUUUGCUUCGACGAAAGAGAGGAACCCAGUGAAAGAUUACAAGUGAUCAACUUGACAAUGAACUGGACACAGGCUCAGAAGUACUGCAGAGACCACCACACUGACCUGCUCAGCGGACUCGAUCAGUUAGAAGAAAUCGUAAAUAAAUCAUUUAGUCAUGAAAGCAUGUGGAUCGGCCUGUUCAGAGACACCUGGAGAUGGUCAAAUGGGAGCAAGUUCUCUUUCAGAAACUGGGGUCAGGGGUUGUUUAAGGAUGGACACGACAAAAAGGAAUGUGCGACCGUGUUGAACAGGCUUGGUGAAUGGGGCUCUGAUGAUUGCAAUAAGAGGAAAACCCUUCUUCUGCUACGAUGUGUCCUUCACAGACAAAGUGAUCCUGGUCAAAAGAAGCUGAACUGGGAGGACGCCUUGUAUUACUGUAGAGAGAACUAUGAUGACCUGGUCUCCAUCACCAACGAUUGCCAGCAGAGAUUGGUUCAAGCCAAAGCUAAGGAAGCCUCCACCUCCCAUGUGUGGCUGGGACUGCGCUACACCUGCACUCUGGAUUUCUGGUUCUGGAUCAGUGACGAGGUGGUCCACUACCAGAAUUGGGCUCAAGGUGAGGAAAAGAACGGCUGCGACAUGUCUGGAGCCAUGGCAACAGGCGGAUCUCACAAGUGGUUCAAAAAGCAAGACACUGAAACAUUCAACUCUUCUGCUCCAAGGCUUAAAGCCCAGUUUAAACACUGGGAGCAGAUGUUUUAUUCAUUUACUCACUUUGUUGUCUGUAUAGUUACAUUUGGACAUUAUGACAGAAUCAGAUAA